GCCCACAUUACCCUGUAUCACGGCGGAAAAAGCCCAAAUUCGGAAAUGCAGGGUGUAGCCCAAAAUCUGUAACUGAAAGGCCUGACACUGGAACUCCCCUGGUUGAUUUAUAAGCACCAUUUCCGCAUUACUCCGGUCUUUUACGCACAGCUCCAGACACUGAAGCGCGAUGAGCAGCAGAGGAAGACCGCGCAAAGUCCCGGAGGAGAACCCAGGCGCGUCUACAGCUAAAAGUCCACCGGCUCCGCUACAGGAGGAGAAGGUAGACAAGAAAUCCACGGGCACCAAAGCGAGCCGCUCUUCAAAAGUCCAGGAAAGUCCAGAAGUCCGUCCGAGGGGACAGUCAAAGGAUGCGAACUGUACCGCAGAGCAACAAAUGCCCAAAGCAACCAAAAGUGGCGAGAAGAAAGUAGCGUCCCGCUGCUCAGCAAAGAGAGACAAACACACUGAAGAGAAUCCGAGCAAAGAUCUCCAGAGUGCUCCUGAAAACGUAAAAAAAAGCCAGAGAUCGGUGUCAACCAAAACAACAGACCCCAGAACAAAAAGUCCAGAAGUCUGUCUGAGGAGAUCUCCAAGUGAUGCUCAAUCUACAGAAGAGACACGAACGACCAAAACAGCAAACAGUGGGGAAAAGAAAACCUCACUUAUCUGCUCAGUGGAAAGAGGCAGCAGUAUGAAAGCGAAUCCAGGUAAAGUCCUUCAGGCUGCUCUUGAAAAGUUAAAGGUAAAGAAAAGCCAGAGAUCAGAAUCCGCCAAAUGCGUCAACGACAUCCAGAAUAAAGUCACUGAGCAUGUGAAACUGCACCUGGACUGGUGCAAAGAUAUCAACGUUCUGAAGACAGGAAGCUACUACGAAAACGUUAAAAUCUGCGAGCCUGACGAGUUUGAUGUCAUGCUGACUGUUCGUGUGGACAGGGUGACCCUCCAGCCUUUCUCAGAUGAUGGUGCUUUCUAUAGUGUGAAAAUGAAACGGCACACUCAAAGACAUCCUUUAGACAAGUUUCUCAAGGAAGAUAAUACCAUCAUGGCCAGUGAAAUGCUCAAAGAAUUCCAUGAGAAAGUAAAGGACGCUGUGAAAGCACUACAGUAUAAUGUUACACUGGAGAGGAAGAAGGGCGGCUGUCCAGCUGUAACUCUGCACGUGCAGAAGAAUGGCCGGCACAUUUUUAUCGAUUUUGUUCUUGCUCUGGAAGUCCACUCAAGCUGGCCCAUUUUCACUAACGAUGGCUUCAGCAUAGAAAAUUGGCUUAGCAAAAAAGUGAAGAUGGACCAGAGAUGGAGAGAGUUUUAUUUAGUGCCUAAAUAUGAAGGAAGAGGCACCGUAGAGAAGGAUGGAAUUAUGGCCAAAGAUGCUUGGAGAAUUUCGUUUUCACAUGUGGAGAAGUACAUCUUGAAAAACCAUGGCAACAGUAAAACCUGCUGCGAGGGAGGACAGAAAUGCUGCAGAAAGCAGUGUCUGAAACUUCUGAAAUACCUGUUGCAACAGCUGAAGGAGAAGCAUCCGGAGGAUGUGGACAAGCUCUGCUCGUACCAUGCUAAGACAACACUGCUUCAUGCCUGUGCUACCAGAGUGAAGGACAGCGAGUGGGAAAGCAGCGAACUCUUGCACUGCUUUGAGCAAAUUCUCAUGGACUUUGAGCAACACCUGAGGUCCUGCCAACUUCCUAACUUCUUCAUCCCCUCCCAAAAUCUGUUAAGUGGUAUUAACAAGAGAAAAGGCAACCUCCUAGCAGACUACAUUGAAAUGGAACGUAACAACGGGUUUCCUUUACUGUGUUGAGUCCAGAUAUUCUGAGUCUCCCAAACUUUGCGUCUGUAUAGUAGACAGUGGUGGGAUUUAUGUAAUAAAGGGAACAUGCCACCAAAAACUUUUCUUGUUGUUUUUGAAAUGUCUCUAUGGGACUAGGGAACAUGCUGGCCUUUUUCAAAGUGGACCAUUACCUUCCCAGGCUGUAACAUGCAUAGAAAAUAGAGUCCAGUUUAAAAAAACAACAACUCCCCCCUCAUUCUUUAUGGUACCACCCCUCAUAGCAAUCUACAUCAAGAAGGCUAGAGUCUUCUAUGUAGUUUUUCAGCAAAUGAUAUCUGGAAGAAACAAGAAGAGAUGUCAGGGGAAAAAGCGCAAGCAUGCUAUUCCAGGAUGCACAAAAGAAACCAAGUCUGCAUACUCUACCAAAGCAUCCGGUGACCUCUUGCUGACCCUUGAAAAUCCAGGGAAGAGGAUGUAAAUCUUGCGCUGGGCUGUGUCCAUAUUCACAGCAGGUCUCCAAAGUAAACAGCCUGUCCUCUUGGUUGUGGCACUAGUUUGCUGUCCAAGCCUUCAUUUUCCUCUUCUGGCUCAGGUUCAAUACACAAGGCUGUAAUCCUUUUGCAGAAGCCAUUGCUUACUUUCUUAGUUUAGCUACAACUCCACGUGUUGGCAGUAAGGGCGUGGUAGCCAGUUCUUGUUCACAGAUGUUAGCCAAUCAGAGCAAUGCUAAUUACAUGUUUAAUAUUAAAGCACAACUGCAAAAUCAGCCCGUCUUAUCCUAUAGGCUUUUCAUACCAUACUAAUAUGGCAUAAGAAAAAAAAAAAGCCAAGGUGUCUCUACAAUUAAAAAUAAAAAUCCUCCGGGAAUGAUCAA